AUGAUGGCGCGCAUGGGUUAUCGUGAGGGCCAGGGAUUAGGUCGUGAGGGCCAAGGAAUGUCAACCGCUCUCGUGGUGGAGAAGACCAGCCGGCGUGGUGGCAAGAUUAUCCAUGAACGUGACCGCCUCCAUUCCCUUGCUAGUACCACAGGACAAAUUACUGGGGGUGGAUCAAAUACCCGACCGGGUCCACGGCAGGAAGAGGAGCUGUGGGACGAUGUGCCCGGUCUGAUUGGAGAAGGCGCGGAAUCAGGGGAGGCUCCUUUGCCGUUGCCUCCAUACUCAAGUUCUGUCAUUCUUCUGCGCAAUAUGUGUGGACCUGGUGAAGUGGAUGAUGACCUAGAGCCAGAAACUGCUGAGGAAUGUGCGAAAUAUGGGCCUGUUGUUACCUGCAUGAUUUUUGAAUUGCCAAACGCCAGCGAUGAUGAAGCUGUUCGUAUUUUUGUCGAGUUUACUUGCGAGGAAUCUGCCAACAAAGGUGAAUCUUACAUCAUUUUCAUCAUUUACUACGAAUAG